AUGCAUAAAUGGAUGUCAUAUGGAAACGAUGGAAAGCAUCAGGGAUGUGAUCAGUCUUAUUUUGGGAAUAGAGAGUUCUCCUUUACUUUGGAGAAUGAUAUAUAUCUACGUUUUCAGUCUUUCAAUGAUGCUAAUGAACUCGAAAAGUCCAUCAAGCAGAAGUGCCCCGUCAAAAUUGAUAUUGGACCGGUUUACAGUGUAGAUCCAGCAAAAAGGCAUGCUUAUGCACAGUCUGGUACUAACGUUUUCACCCCAGUAGAGAGAGAACUUAUAUUUGAUAUAGAUAUAUCUGAUUACGAUGAUGUAAGAUUUUGCUGCUCCGGAGCUGGUGUUUGCCCGAAAUGCUGGCCAUUGAUGACAGUAGCAAUUAAAGUUAUUGAUACUGCUCUUAGAGAUGACUUUGGGUUCAACCACAUUUUAUGGGUUUAUAGUGGUCGUCGUGGAGUCCAUUGUUGGGUUUGUGAUGGAAAAGCAAGACGGUUAAACAAUGAACAAAGGGAUGCCAUUACCGAGUAUUUGCAUGUUCACAAGGGAAAUGAAAAUAGCCAGAAAAAAGUUACUCUAUCCAGUCACUCACUUCAUCCUUUCCUUGGGAGAUCAUAUGCUAAUGUUUUGAAAGAUUUCUUCGAGCAAGAGUUCAUUUUGAGCCAAGAUUUGUUUUCAACUGAGGAAAGAUAUGAAAGGAUACUGGAAAUGAUUCCAGAUGAAGCUGUUACUUCUGAGCUAAGGGGAAAGUGGCAGGACAAUAAACGGUCACGCGAUGAUGUGAAUGUUGUCCGGUGGGGCCAUAUUAAGCAUCUGCUGCAAUCAGGAAAACAGAAGAUACAAAGUAUACGCAGGUGUGUUGAGGAGAUAGUGUUCUCCUUCACUUAUCCAAGACUUGAUCUGGAGGUUUCAAAACACAUGAACCACUUGCUGAAGGCACCCUUCUGCAUACACCCGAAAACAGGCCGUGUUUGUGUGCCUAUUGAUCCCAAUAAGUGUGAAGAAUUUGAUCCGUCUGCUGUACCAACUCUUGCAAGGUUCACAUUUGUUCUUUCUAUAAGAAUUUUCAAAAUUUGUUGGGUGGCAGAACUGGAAAAUUCAUCACUUGGCAAAUCAAUCAGAUAUUUCAGGUCAUCUUUCUUGCAGCCUCUGCUAAAGUCAUGCAAGGAAGAGAUUGAGAGUUCAUUUGCUGCUAAAGCACAACAGUCAAAGAACAGCCUGAGCUGGGUUAGGAGACGGGUUGCUCCCAAGGUCGAGGGCUCUUGUUGUUUGUUGGCUUUUGGUUGUCGGUCGAAGGAGAUUGUUGGAGUCUGGGGCUGA